AUUGUCAUAUGAAAGAAUACAAAAAUAUAGUUGAAAGAUGGAACUAAUGGGACCAAGCACACUUGCCUCAACAAUCACGAAACAUCUCCUCAACUUUCCAUUCAAUUUCACUGAUGGAGACGAUGAAAAGUUGAGAAACUUCCUCAUGCAUCAUCAUUUCACAGACUCUUGCGAUGAACCGACAAACUACAAUUUUGACUAUUUUAUUCGUUUACAAAUAUUUCAUAAAUUCUAUUUUCGUAAUUUUAAAUCUGAAAACAUUAGUGAAUAUAGUUCAACUUCGAGCAGCAACCAUUUUUUAAACAUCAACAAUUCAAUUGGUUAUAAUCAUGGAUUUCAUAUUUCUAAAAUUGGAAAGAACGAUAAUAUUGAUGGGCAUUGGAACGAUGACUCAUUCAACUACACUCUGCUGAACUCAGAGGAACAAACACAUGCAGACCCAAGGCAGGCGCACAACAGCAAUGACAUCUCACAUGCCAGUUACGACGAACCAACUGCAUCGUACAUUAACACUUUCCUCCUUACCUACAUCCCUUUAAUCAUCUACAUCGUCGGAGUCCUGGGGAACUCUUUGUCCCUAUCGGUCCUGGUUCGUAAGAGGAUGAGGAGAGUUUCCACGUACACGUAUUUAUCCGUGAUGUCCGUGGUGGAUACGUUGGUGCUGACGAUGGGACUGUUGCAGUUGUGGAUCGGCGAGAGAUCGAAUUUAGGCUGGCUGAGGGACCAGUCAAAUGUGGCCUGUAAGACUUUGAAUGUCUUCUCUUACUCGAUGAGUGACCUGUCAGUCUGGCUGAUCAUUGCCGUCACUGUGGAACGAUUCAUCGCUGUUUGUCAUCCACUGAGGGCUGCUUCCAUGUGUCGCCGGAGGAUUGCUCUCAAGGUGAUGAUGGUGCUGUCCAUUUUGGCGUUCACAGUGAAUGGUCAUUUCAUUUGGACUGCUGAACUGAAAGAGUCUUCAGAAAUGUUUUCAACGUACGAAAUAACCGAGGAAGGCACGAACCUCUGCUCUUCCGUGAAGAAAAGUCGCUGCAUGGCUGCGGGAGGGCACGAGGACUUCAUACAAAAGUACUGGCCGUGGGUGGACGCGAUUUUUUAUUCCUUCCUUCCAUUCGUGGUGAUCAUCAGCCUCAACUGCAUGAUCAUCAGACGUGUGAUGGUUGCCAAGAGGAGGAGGUGGAAGAUGAUCAGCCAGUCAAGUGUCUCCGUCAAUCGCUCUGAUGCCACGUCUGCUCAUCUCCACCAACAUCAGCUGAACGCAAGAUUUAAAAAUAAUCACCCAACAGCACGUGGUCUCCACAGUUCGCAGCAUCGCCACCAAGCCAAACUAACCCACCAAUCAGCAAGCAGAUUGUCAUCAGGUAAGCAGGCAUCAAGGAUGGAACAGAACGAAACAAACCGCAUGCUUAGUAUCAUGUUGCUCACAAUCUCAUUCGCAUUCAUCCUCAUGACUCUGCCUAGGAACAUCUACUUCCUCUUCGUCUACUGGUCCAAUUACAGCAAACAUUCGGAACUGUUGUCCUCACCUGGCAGCGCAGAUGAAGAUGCACUUGGGAAGAAUAUUAGUAGCAGUGAGGGUGGUGCUGGAAUCUACAAUGAUGACCAAUCUCAUACGCAUGCAAACCUCCUGCUAGCUUCGACCCUCACAGAAAUGCUGAUGUUCCUCAACCACUCCUCCAACUUCUUCCUCUACUGUGCCACCGGUCAAAAGUUUCGAAUGGAGCUGAAGAAGAUGUUGCUAUCAUGGAGAUCGUGCUUGUCAUCGGCGCUCUGCCACCUGCUCUCUUGCUUUCCAAGCUCUCAUACAACUGCUUGUAAGAAGAACAACGGUGCUCCGUGCUUUAAAUGUUUUGUAAAAACAAAACAAGAUUCUGCUGUUUUCAAGAGCAACCAUGAUAUAAAAAGAACUAAUUCUAUGUGUUAUAAAAUCCAGCAGCUAAACAUGCACCUGAUGAAAUAUUCUUGCCAGUCACAUUGCUUAGGAGGGGGUGAUAAGAACAAUUGGAGCAUUCAGAAAAGAUCCUCGCACACUGACGAUGGUGCUAGCAACCCCGAAAGAUCAGCCUGCUACCACACCGUUGUUUCCCUUUGUGAGUCACCUCAAAAAUUUGUUCGCGAGUUGCAGGCUAUGCUGAACUGUUUGGCAAUGCUAGCCAUGCCAGUCCUAUUUUACAAGACUUCCAUAGAAACACCAACGGAAGAAAAUUUUCAGCACGAGGACUUUCGAUUUGGAAUUGUUUGCCUGCUGGGCUCAAUGAACUGUCAAAUUGAACUUAAAUGGAAAUUGACUUUGUCAAAGUGA